AUGGAGGACAUUGAAACAAAGCCGCUACUAUCAGUAUCAUCUUCUGUGGUCCAUGGAUAUGUGGGAAACAGAAGCAUUGUGUUCCCUCUUCAGACGCUUGGAUGGGAUGUGGAUGCUAUCAACACCACUGACUUCCUGAAUCAUCCCGGCUACGGCAAAUUCAAGGGACGCAAAGUUGAGCCUGAGAGACUAGAAGAGCUUUUUGACGGACUCAAGGACAUUCAGGCGGACCAGUACAAGAUGAUGUUGGUGGGCUACUGCCCUACGUCCGAUCUGUUGGAAGUCAUCUACAAUCACAUUGAGCAAUUGAAGUCGGCUAACCCUGAGUCGGUGGUGGUGGUGGACCCUGUUCUUGGAGACAACGGUAAGCUCUACGUUUCAGCAGAAUGCGUGCCCGUACAUAAGAGGUUUUGGAGGAAAGGGCUUGUUGAUUUGGCCACACCCAAUCAGUUCGAGUUGGAGCUUCUCACUGGCAUGAAGGUCGAUAGUUGGCAAGCCGCUGCCCAAGCUCUUCGCAUGGUUGAUGCUUUAUACGACGUUCCCAACGUUGUACUCCUGUCGGUGGUAAUCAAUGGCGUCAUGGCCGCUGUGGGGUACUCUCGUGAGUCGUAUUUCUCCACUGAGGAACCUCUCAAGGAAAAUAAUCGCCCUAACACGAAGGAUAGCCCGUCUUCCAAGGAAUAUACUCCACCCAAGAAGAAUGCUUCACCUCUUCCUGAGGAGGAUGGAACCUCCUUACCCAAGGAAAAGGAAGCCUCCUUACCCAAAGAGGACAUGGGUAAGAAGGACCCAGGGUGUCUUAAAAAACCCAUGAAUGCGUACAUUUUCUUUUGUAUGGAUCGGAGAAGGGCAAACCCCGAUGUGAGAUACAGUGCAAACAUGUUAGGUGAAAUGUGGAAAGCUGCCAGCCAUGAAGAAAUGAAGCCAUUUGAGAAAUUGGCCGCUGCUGACAGACAUAGGUAUUAUAAGGCAAAAACUGAAUGCCUGGGUGUAUCUAUAGUGGAGAUUGACGAGAUUGGCUGUUCCUUCAACGGGUGUGGAGAUGUCUUCUCCGCCUUGUUGGCUCACGAGUUCUACGAGAACGACAAGAAGCUCACUGGAGAAGUGAUUUCUUCUGUGAUGGCCAAAAUGAGCAAAAUUCUUCGCAUCAGCUACGAGUUGGAGAAGAGGAAGACAGGUAAGGAGCCUACCCACGUAAGGGACAUUGCCCUUGUUGCCCUGCGCCAUGUAUUUACUGAGAGAGACGUCGGUGCCGAAAAUGCACAACCCGACAUACACUCUUUCAAAAUCAAAUUGGAAUCUGGCUUGGAUGAAGAGCUAGCCGAUGCUGUGAAAAGCGAAGAGAUUUUGAAGGGCGUUGCUGGGAUCAAAUUAGAACCCUCCGCCUGA